AUGCCACAGGCAAUUGCAUUGUCGGAGAUUGAAAACGCGUUAUCGGAGAUGCGUCAGCAGAUCUGGUUGGCCAACGACCCUCUGCCCAAGCCACAGGCCCCUUGCCAUCGACGCGACGCUCGUCAUCGACGACCACCACGCUCACCAUUCUACGCGUUCAUUGAUAGCAUUCGCCAUGGAGGUCUGCCUGUGUUUUUUUCCCUCUUUCCUCGGCGCAAGAUGCUCACGAUCUUUCAGGGCAUAUUGGACUUCUCCAAAGAGUUCGAUGUCUCGCUCAUGGAUAAGGUGGUCAUGGCCUUCUAUUCUGGCACUGGACAAGAGCAACAAAUGGCGCAGCAGGUCCUCACACAGUUUCAGGACAACCCGGAAGCAUGGACUCGUGUACCGGAUGUUUUGGAGCAUUCAGCCUUUCCACAAACCAAGUACAUAGGUCUUCAGAUACUUGAGAAACUGAUUACGACCAGGUGGAAGUCAUUGCCAGAUGGGCAGCGGCAGGGCAAGCUCACUUCACGCAUCCGCAAUUUUGUUGUGGGAAUCACGGUGAAGGUUGCGUCGGACGAGGCCGUCAUGCGGAGAGAAAAGACGUACCUUAACAAGCUAAAUCUCGCACUCGUCCAGAUUCUGAAGCAAGAGUGGCCACACAACUGGCCGACAUUCAUAACUGAACUAGUCGAAUCGUCAAAGACCAACCUCUCUCUUUGCGAGAACAAUAUGAUCAUUCUCAAGCUCCUAUCAGAGGAAAUCUUCGACUAUUCUACAGAACAAAUGACGCAAGCAAAGGUGAAGAACCUGAAGAACCAGAUGUGCGGGGAGUUCUCGGAAAUAUUCAAGCUGUGCUCAGAGAUUCUCGAAGAGGCGCAGAAGACCUCAUUGAUCAGAGCGACGCUGGAGACAUUGCUUAGAUUCUUGAAUUGGAUUCCUCUUGGAUACAUUUUUGAGACUACGAUCAUCGAUUUGUUGCUCAACCGGUUUCUCGAAGCCCCAGAGUUCCGAAACGUCACCUUGAAGUGUCUAGCGGAGAUAGCGGGUCUCACGGUUGGUCCAGAAUAUGAUCCCAAAUUCGUCAUCCUCUUUGCAAUGGUGAUGACCUCUGUCAAUCGUAUGAUUCCUCCGAGUACGAACAUCGCCCAAGCGUAUGCGAACGCCGGCGAUUCGGGUCAAGAACUUGUGCUCAAUCUUGCACUCUUUUUGUCUAACUUCCUCUCGAAUCAUCUACGUGCCGUCGAAACUGAGCAAAACCGCGAUGUUCUGUUGAACGCUCAUUUGUAUAUGGUCAAGAUCUCACAAGUCGACGAACGCGAGAUCUUCAAAAUUUGUUUGGAAUAUUGGGUGAAACUCGUUGCGGAGUUAUACGAGGAAAUUCAGAGCCUCCCUAUCGGCGAGAGCGGGCUAUUAAUGGGCCUCAGUCUCGGAGGCGCAAGUCAGAACAUGUUGAACGGCAUGGCUCUUCGGAAGAACAUUUACAGCGAUGUUCUAUCGAACUUGCGCCUUGUCGUAAUCGAAAAGAUGGUGAAACCCGAAGAAGUCCUCAUUGUCGAGAACGAAGAAGGCGAGAUAGUGCGGGAAUUUAUGAAGGAGAUUGAUACUAUUGUGCUCUACAAGUCGAUGAGGGAGCUACUAGUAUACUUGACACAUCUUGACGUCAAUGAUACGGAGAAUAUUCUGACGGAAAAGCUUGCGAAGCAAGUCGACGGUUCUGAAUGGUCAUGGCAAAACCUCAAUACCCUAUGCUGGGCUAUCGGUUCCAUUUCUGGAGCAAUGAAUGAAGAGACGGAAAAGCGCUUCCUUGUGACCGUGAUCAAAGAUUUGCUGGGCCUAUGCGAGAUCAAAAGGGGUAAAGAUAACAAAGCCGUCGUUGCCUCAGAUAUUAUGUAUAUUGUUGGGCAAUAUCCUCGGUUCCUCAAGGCGCACUGGAAAUUUUUGAAGACCGUUGUCAACAAGCUUUUCGAAUUCAUGCACGAGACACAUGAAGGUGUUCAGGACAUGGCUUGUGAUACGUUCAUCAAAAUUGCGCAGAAAUGCAGAAGACAUUUCGUCAUGCAACAAUCGGGGGAGCAGGAGCCUUUCGUGGACGAGAUACUCCGUCUGCUUCACAGAAUCACUGUGGAUCUCUCGCCACAACAGGUCCAUACGUUCUACGAGGCGGUAGGGUAUAUGAUCUCGGCUCAGCCGAACAAGCCUCUCCAAGAGAAGCUCAUCUCGAAGUUGAUGGAAUUGCCAAAUAAUGCUUGGGAUUCUCUGAUGGCCCAGGCGGCCCAGAGCAUGGAUGUCUUGGAUGGUGUGGACAACAUCAAGAUUUUGUCCAAUGUUUUGAAAACGAAUGUCGCUGCUUGCACAUCCAUUGGUAGUUUUUACUUACCGCAAAUUGGCCGGGUCUUCUUGGACAUGCUGGGGUUGUACAAAGCCGUCAGUGGCAUCAUCAGUGAAACCGUCGCACGAGAAGGUUUGAUCGCUACUAAAACACCGAAAGUCAGAAAUCUUCGAACGAUCAAGAAAGAGAUUCUGAAGUUGAUGGAAACAUUCAUCAAGAGGGCGGAAGACCUGGAGACGGUCAAUAGUAAUUUCAUGCCACCAUUUUUGGAUGCGAUACUUGGUGACUACAACCGUAAUGUCCCUGCUGCCAGGGAUGCGGAAGUGUUGAAUGUGAUGGCGACCAUUAUCGGGCGACUGGGCCCUCUGUUGACCCCUCAAGUGCCGGCUAUGCUUGAGGCCGUCUUUGAGCCUACAUUGAAUAUGAUCAACCAAGACUUUUCGGAAUUCCCGGAGCAUCGCGUCGGAUUCUUCAAGCUUUUACGGGCCAUCAAUCUCAAUUGUUUCCCUGCAUUGCUCACACUUCCUCCGCCACAAUUCAAGUUGUUUAUGGAUAGCAUUAUUUGGGCGAUCAAGCAUACCAUGCGCGAUAUCGCAGAAACCGGGUUAAACUUAUGCCUGGAGGUCAUCAAUAACUUCGCUGGUGCCGAUACGGGAGUUUCGAACGCGUUCUUCCAACAGUACUUCUUGAGCAUAAUGCAAGACAUCUUCUUUGUGCUUACAGACACCGACCACAAGAGUGGGUUCAAGUUGCAAUCGUUACUACUUGCUCGGAUGUUCCAGCUUGUGGAGACCAGCCACAUCACUGUACCUCUGUUCGAUCCGUCGACAGUCCCGGAUCCGUCUAUUAAUAACUCAAUGUUCCUCAAGGAAUACACUGCUAAUUUGUUAAAAUCGGCGUUCCCGCAUGUUCAAAGCGUGCAAAUUCAGUCGUUCGUCCUGUCCCUCGGCGAAUACCAUAGCGAUAUCAAUCGCUUCAAACUUGCCCUUCGCGACUUCCUCAUUCAACUCAAGGAAUUCUCUGGGGAUAACGCUGAGUUGUAUCUUGAAGAAAAAGAGACUGAAGCGCAACGCAAAGCCCAGGAAGAGCGGCAAGCCGCCAUGCGGAUCCCGGGAAUGCUCAAGCCGUCGCAACUGGAAGAUAAGGACGAGGACAUUUGA